UUGACAGUUGAGGUAGAUCACCGAGAUCAAGGGCAGUUUAUUAGUUAGGGAAUCGGCAUUUGCAAUCAACGACUACCCUCUCUACUAUUCUGCCAUUCUUGACUCAGGAUCUACGAUUCACAUCUUCAACCAACGAAACCGCUUCCUCAAUUUCAGAGAGGCAGAACCAGGGGAUGCCAUCUGGGCAGGAGACAACCAGUUGCCCAUCUUGGGAUAUGGAACUGUCGACAUACUUGUCAAGACCUCCCAGGGCACCAGACGAUAUUUCUUAUUGCACGACGUUGCGUGGUGCAACCGAUUGCAGUGCAACCUCGUCUCCUUUCGCGAACUCCUCACCAGGGGUUACUCCUGGGACACGGAACGCCAGCCAACCGCUGUCAAACGGCCAGACGGUACCGAGCUCUGUGUUGUGCCUGUCAUCCAAGGCCAAUUUGUUAUGGAGUACCGAAUACCGCGAAACAACAAGGCGAUCUUCGCGGCGGUACCACUUAAGUCCUGGAAGCAACGUCUUUCACCACCAGCCACAGCCCUGAGAUGGCAUUUACGGCUCGGACAUCCUGGACCUGACGCACUACGCCAUCUUGUCAAUGCGGCAGUGGGAGUACGCAUGAUCAAUCUCCAAGGCACUCGACGCAAACGGAACCGACGAAAGAAGAGGUCCUCGUCACGAAGAGCUGUGCCAGCCCCUGCAGCUGCGUACUCCGCGGUUCAGACGGCUGGAUCAGAAGAGGCACCUGGCGGCGAUUGCGUGGGACCAAACCAAGAUUGUCCUGCGGAGCUCACUGAGGUUCAAAAGGCGGCUCUAGAUGCUGAGAAACAGCAUGUCCCACCGUCGAAAACCCACUGCGAUGCAUGUGCCAUGGCAAAGGCAACACGCAGCGAGUACCGCAAACCCCGGGACCUCAGCGCAUAUAAGCCAGGAGAAAGGAUCGCCAUCGACUUCCACGACUUCGAAAGAGACGCAGACGGUUUCAAGAGCAUGACGCUCAUCACAUGCCGAGUCUCAGGAUACAUGUGGGACUACUGCAACGUCACAAGAAUGAGCGAUGACAUCCUUUUCGCAAUCACAACCUCUCCCGGGUCCUCAAACGACAAUAUAACGUUGACAUCAAAGUCAUCGAGUGCGACAACGAAGUGUACACUCAUGAAAUCCGCGCAUGGUGUGAUGCACAGGGCAUCAAGCAAGAACCCUCGUCGCACAACACCCAGCAGCAAAACGGAGGCGCCGAGCGCUCGGGGGGUGUGGUGAAGAACACCAUACGCGCAAUGAACCUCCAUGUGUCAUUUCCGACUCAACUCUGGAAGCACAUCGGCGAGACAGCAGUCUAUCUCCUGAAUCGCACGCCGCGCAGAAGGAUUGGUUGGAAGACACCAUACGAAGUGUUUCA